AUGUCUGAUCCAAUACGAAUAACAAUAUACGAAUGUUUUAGCACCAUUCGGUAUAAAAUUGUCAAAGAAAAACAAAUCUCUAAAUCACGUGCAAAAUUAAUUGAAGCAUUGUUUAAAACAUUUGAAGUAGAACGUGGUUUUCGUGUUGCUGUUUGUGCUUAUAUAUUUAUUAGUUCAUUUAUCGGUUCAUCUAUUCAUGAUUAUAAACCUUUAAAAUAUUUAUAUGCUGCUGAAGCAGUUAUUAGUGCAUUAACAGGUCUAUGCAGUUAUUAUACCACGUGGCUGAAAUUAAAAGAAGAAACAACACAACAAAUCGAGGAAGAACAACAACUAGAAGAAGAUCUAGAGCAACAAGUUCUACAAAAUCAAGAUAAAAUUGAAAUUUUACGUUUUCAUCAACCAGGAGAUUUAGCAGGAAGACAAAUUACAAUAUCACGUCGAGUUAUGAAAGUUCGUCCUCAUAUUUUAUGUUGUAUUGUCAAAAAUAUUAAUUUGGCAACUGGGAAUUUACAAAAGUACAUAAAUCUUCAAGAUGAACUUAAUAACAGAAUUUGUAAACAAGGAAUCUUAGCAAAAAUUGGUACACACGAUUUAUUAUUAAUAUCAGGAAAUUUAGCUUAUGAUGCUCGUAAUCCUGAUGAAAUAGGUCUUGUUCCACUUGGCCGAGGUCCAAAAUUAAUUUCAGCAAGAAAUUUUUAUUCUGAUUUAUGUCAAGAUGCUGAACAUGAAAGAAGAUCAAAUAGACAAAAUGAAUCUUCAAAACUCCGCGAAUAUUUAACAGUAAUACCAGAUCAAAAUAAGUUUCCUUGUUUAUCUGAUCAAAACCAUCAUAUCAUAUCACUUCCACCAAUAACCGAUGAUGAACGAAGCAAAUUAACUUCAUCAACUGAAUCAAUUUUAAUUCAAAUAACAUCAGAACAUUCAAUGGAAAUAUGUCGUUAUGUUAUGGAUUGUCUUUUACGUGAAAUGCUUCGAAUUGGAUUAGGAAAAAAAUUAAACGAUUCAAAUUUUCGACAUAUAUUAACAUUACAACAAACAAGAGUUGUUGAUGAUAAAGGACAAUUAAUAACAACUUUUCCAUCUCGUAUUGACCUUGAUUGGAGUGAAAUAUCUCAAGAAACUAUUGUUAUUGAAAGAUUAACAUCGAAAAAAUAA